UUACUCGGAAAUUAGUUUUAAAAAGUUAUUAAAAAAUCUACACUAGAAAAGAAAAUCAAAAUCGUAAAAGGAAAAACAGAGAGAUGCCUUUCCCUAUUUUGGACCGAAAAUAAGCGAAUUUAUAGAGAGAGAAAGUCAAUAAUCUUCUGCUUUCUUGCUCAAAAGUUUACUCCUCCUUGCGUUCUUUUCCUUUUUUUUUCGGGUUCAGGUUAAGUUCUUUGGAAAACUUUGCUGUUGGCUAUGGCAGAAUGCAUGUGCUGAUAUUGCACUGGUGUGAUAAUCAUGGCAUAUUUCCUUGGUUUAUUUUCCUGGAAAAUUUUAUCUAAAUGGAGUGAAAUCUAGGAAAAGGCAUAAUGGAUCAACAGAAGAACUAUGAACAAGUCCGAUACAAUAAUAUGGAAGCUAGAAAUGAGACUCUCGGGUUUGCAAACCAAAGAUUUUUCCAUGAUCCAUCUAGUAAUAUUAAUACUAACAUCCGACCUCCUGAUUAUAAUAUUUUGAUGGGAGCUAGACCAGUACUGAAUUACUCCAUUCAGACAGGUGAGGAGUUUUCUCUGGAAUUUAUGUGGGAAAGGGUCAAUCCUAGACAACAUUUUAUUCAGAAUGCUUAUGGUGAUCCUAACAGUGGACCUGUCUAUAAGGAUCUAAAGGGUAUUUUGGGAAUUUCCCAUACAGGUUCUGAAAAUGGCUCUGAGAUCCCUUUGCUUAACACAGUAGAAAAACCCCGUCCCCAGGAUUUUGACAGAAAGACCCCUCCUGUACAUGAAGACAAAAGCUUUUAUGAUUCCAUGCGAUCAGUACCUCUAUCCUCUUCAAGAAAUGAAAUGAGUCAGGGACAUCAAGGUUAUGUGUCUUCAACUGCUUCUCUUAGCUUAUCAACUAAGGUGAAGUUCCUCUGCAGCUUUGGUGGUAAAAUUUUACCACGUCCCAGUGAUGCAAAACUUAGAUAUGUUGGGGGGGAAACACGUAUCAUCCAAUUAAGCAGGGAUAUUUCCUGGCAAGAGCUUGUUCAGAAAACCUUGGCAAUUUACAACCAAGCCCAUACAAUAAAGUAUCAGUUGCCUGGGGAGGAACUUGAUGCUUUGGUCUCUGUAUCUUGUGAUGAGGAUCUGCAAAACAUGAUGGAGGAAUGUAAUGUGCUAGAAGAUGGAGGAUCACAGAAACCCAGGAUAUUCCUUUUCUCUAGUAGUGAUCUGGAAGAUGCUCAGUAUGGUUUGGGAAGCAUAGAGGGUGAUUCUGAGAUACAAUAUGUUGUUGCUGUGAAUGGCAUGGAUCUAGGAUCAAGAAAAAACUCAAUUGCAGCAAGUGCGUCAGAAAACAAUCUGGAUGAGUUACUUGGUUUGAAUGCUGUAAGGGAGGCUGGUCGGACUGUGAUUGAAGCAGCUGCUACUAGUACUGCUUCUUUGACAGUUAAUGCACCUUCACCAACAGUCAAAUAUUCUCAUGCACCUUCACAAACUGUCCAGUCUUCUCAUGUGCCUUCACCAACCUCUUCUCAACCAGUGUUGUCAGGUUCAUCUAGCACUUAUGAAUCUAAUUCGGAGCCAUAUUCAGAACAAAAAGUGCGUCAUGGAGAAGGUAGCCAGCAGCUGUCCUCCAUUCCCCAGGUAGAUGGGAAGAGUAAUUUUCUUUUGUCUGCUCCAUUGCAAUACGGUUAUGGCUCCCAACCCUCUAACCAUGUGAUGACUGGAGAAAAUUUAGUCUCAAUGCCAUUCCCUGGAUAUGUGACACCCCAGACAGGUUUAGCUGAUGAGAAGAUGCAUAUGGGCUUUAAAGUGCCAGAUCCAGAAGUAUCUAUAAAAGAGGUUAAGCUAAAAAGAGAUAGCUCAGCCUCAAAAGUAACUGAACCUGAAAAAGUUCGAUACCUAGACAAAGCUCCCUCAACAAAGGAGCCAAAAAUGAAAAGAGAUGCAUCUCUCCCGAAGAUCAAUGAAACUGAAAACAUUCGCAUGUCAGUGAAAGAGUACAGUAACCCUUCAAAUGCAUAUGACAGUUCUGUUGCAAAUCAUAUUUCUAAACAGGAAGCUUCGGUUACCAUUUCAGUGCCAGAUGUUGGCUCACCUUUGUUGCCCACAAAAAAUUUCAAAAAGAUCCAGGAAGCUGUUCAGAAUUUGGUGGUCCCUGAAGUUGUAACUGAUGGGAGAAAGAACAUUGAAGAUGAUCGCUUUUACACAUCUGGUGGGCCUUCUACAUCUGGAGGUGGUGGAUCAGAGGCAGAUCCAAGUGACUUUAGCUGCCCUGAGCCAUCUGUGAUUCCUCAGCGAGUUUUUUAUUCAGAGAGAAUCCCCAGGGAGCAGGCAGAAAUGAACCGUUUAUCAAAGUCUGAUGAUUCUUUUGGGUCUCAGUUUCUAAUGACUCAAGCAUGUUCUGGUUCUUCCCAAUUGAUUGCAGAAUCAGUUGACAAGAUUCAAGAUGGGAAUUUGGCUCCCCAAGCUGAUCAGUAUGUCACUGCAAAUCCACCAAAUCCUCAGACUGUUAUGGAUGGGCUUGCACAAUUUGAAAAGUACAACGAAUCUGCCGAUAAAAUCAGCUCGAAUAUUCAUGAGGAGGUGCUUGAGUCAACUAAGCAGAAAUCUGAAUUGAAAAAAGUCAUAGUUAAGAGUGGUGCUGAUGAAAAAGCAGCUGAGCUGAAUCCUCCCACAGCAAGUCAAGGAACUUCUGUUGAGCACUUUGAAGAUCCUUCUUUUAGGCCAUCUGAUUUUGAACGAAUUGAGAAGGAUGAAAGCAAGAACGCUGGAAAUCAUAGUAAGGGGCAUGAACAAUCUUUGCUGCGGGCGGAGAACCCAAUUAGAACAACUUCCAAUGUGCAGCCCACUGCUUCUGAAGUCACCUCAGAGCAUGGAGACAUACUUAUUGAUAUUAAUGAUCGGUUUCCUCGUGAUCUUUUGUCUGAUUUAUUCUCAAAAGUAAGAAUGUCCCAGAAUGUCUAUGGUAUCGGUCCAUUCCCUGGUGAUGGAGCUGGAUUGAGCUUAAACAUGGAGAAUCAUGAACCCAAGCAUUGGUCAUACUUCCUUAAUUUAGCUCAAGAUGAGUUUAGUAGAAAGGAUGUUUCCCUCAUGGAUCAGGACCAUUUGGGUUUCUCCUCUCCACUUACAAAUAUGGAAGGUGGGGUGCCAAUUGAUUACAGCUAUCCACCUCUGAAAUCUUCUGGUGCAGUUGCCUUAGGUCAUAUUAAGCCAGACAUCAAUUUUGGUGAGGACAUCAGGCAGGAGUCAACUACUGUUACUGCUGCUAACAACUUGGAUUUAGGUACAGGUUACAAGAAGUCUCCACUUAAGGGUGAUGAAAGUGGACGAGAUGGGCCAAACCACAAGGUACCUGAAUCAGAGUAUGAGAAUUCUGGUGUACCCCUUGUGGAUUUGUCCCAUGGAGACGUUGAUAUCAGUACAUUGCAGAUCAUUAAAAACGAAGAUUUGGAAGAGCUAAAGGAGCUGGGUUCUGGUACAUUUGGGACCGUCUACCAUGGAAAAUGGAGAGGAACAGAUGUUGCCAUCAAGCGGAUAAAAAAGAGCUGUUUCACCGGUCGUUCAUCCGAGCAAGAAAGAUUGACUGUGGAGUUCUGGCGUGAAGCUGACAUUCUUUCAAAGCUUCACCACCCCAAUGUUGUGGCAUUUUAUGGCGUGGUGCACGAUGGACCUGGAGGAACACUAGCCACUGUCACAGAGUACAUGGUGAAUGGCUCUCUUAGACAUGUUUUGCUUAGCAAAGACAGGCAACUUGAUCGUCGUAAGCGGCUCAUUAUUGCCAUGGAUGCUGCAUUUGGGAUGGAAUAUUUACAUUCAAAGAACAUUGUUCAUUUUGAUUUAAAAUGUGACAACUUGCUUGUCAACUUGAAAGACUCUGUGCGGCCAAUUUGCAAGGUUGGGGACUUUGGGUUGUCAAAGAUAAAAAGGAAUACCUUGGUUACUGGUGGUGUCAGGGGAACUCUUCCAUGGAUGGCCCCAGAGCUGUUGAAUGGAAGCAGUAGUAAGGUUUCUGAAAAGGUUGAUGUGUUCUCAUUUGGCAUUGUCCUGUGGGAGAUUCUUACUGGUGAGGAACCUUAUGCUAAUAUGCAUUAUGGAGCAAUAAUAGGAGGCAUUGUUAGCAAUACAUUGAGGCCACCUGUACCAAGCUACUGUGACCCUGAAUGGAAGUUAUUAAUGGAGCAGUGUUGGGCUCCGGAUCCUGUUGUUCGACCAUCAUUCACAGAGAUUGCUAGACGCUUACGUAUCAUGUCCUCAGCAUGCCAGACAAAAACACAAGGUCAUCAGCCACAGAACCAAGCAUCAAAGUGAAGGCCCUCAAUGAUUCCCUUAUUUUGAUGCCCUCAUCAAUGAUAUUUUCUUUUACUCCAUAAACAUUUUAUGUAUUAUAUGAGAAAGGGAGGAGGAGCUCCCAUCGAGAGGGUGAGAUAUGAUUGUGUUUUGAGAGACUAAAAAAAUUUGUUUGUAUGUAAAGCUCUUAUUUGUGUCAAUACCCAAUAGUGGACACAAGCUCUGUUUUGGUCCUUGUGAAUAAAGUUAAUGCAAAGUGUUUUUGGUUUGUCAGAAUAGCUAUCGACCGCUGAGCCUAAGGUGGAAAAAGAAUGAAAAGUAAAUUUACUA